AAAUAUUCUAAACAUAAAUGUAAUGAAAAGUAACGUCAAAAAAAUCUUAUUGAAGUACUGAGUGUAUUGAGAACAAUGUUGGAAUUAAAAUGACAAAUUUACCGUGAAUAGGAGAAAAAAAUUAUUCUAGUUUGGGAAGAAAUGGUUCGGUGGCGGUACUGUCUUGUGCUCGCCGUACUGUUACUGUUGCCGACGAGAACUGGUUCAAAAUUAGAGGAUGAAGAUGACGAGGAGAGAAAUGAAGAGGAAGAAGAAGAAGAGGAUGAUGAUGACGAUGAAGAAGAACCUCCGGGAGACAAACACGAACACAAUGCAGGGAGACGAGCCCCGGCGAUACUACCACAGACAACUAAGAUCAUUUCAGUGACAAGGACUUCUAAAAGACGUCCCCUAGAAUGUUAUGUGUGUGCAUUUAAAUCGGAUGCACCUUUGAAAGCGUGUCUGGAUCCCACCAAGUACAGGGUACACACAAUAAACUGUCACAGUGUGGAUGACAAAUGUUUUACAUCUGUGAUAUCUAAAGGCAGUUCCUAUGAGGCUGUGAUUCGUGGUUGUCGCUCGGGAUGUAUCGGCUCACCAGAUACCACGUGCUGUGAGUUGAACCGUUGCAAUAACCAGGCGUUUGCGAUGCCGACGGUGGUCGCUCCCCGUACUCUGGUCCAAGAGAACAAAACCUCAAAGUCUUUCCCAUCGUCCGUGGUGUUUUUUGUAACCGUACUGUUGGUGCUUCAAACUGUGGUUAAAGUAGCUUUCGUGUAAACAACUUGUAAGUGAUGAUAGAGUUUACAUAAAUGUAUUUGUGAGCGUUUGGAAAAGUUAUAUCUUUUAAAUGUUUUAAUAAAAUUUCUAUUUCAAAAAGA